AUGUCUCUCCUUCGCACAAUUCGCUCCCCAGUCCUCCUUCCUGCUGCUCGCUUUCACUCCUGUCCGUCCCUGUGGGCCGUUCGUCGGACGCUCAAGGAGUUCAAGCUCGCCGACAUAGGUGAGGGCAUCACCGAGUGCGAGGUCAUCAAAUGGAACAUCAAGCCUGUGGCCUCCGUCCAGGUCUUUGACCCUCUUUGCGAAGUUCAAAGUGACAAAGCCAGCGUCGAGAUCACAAGCCCCUUUGAUGGCACUCUUAAGGAGAUCCUUGUCCAGGAAGGCGAUAUUGCUAAAGUGGGUGCAGGGAUAUGUCUCAUUGAAGUUGAAGAGGAUAGCCCCAGCAAUGCUGAUGGGGUACCUGCCGAUGAUUCUGGCCCUUCAAGUCCACUAUCUGGCGCGCCACAGUCUUCCGAAGCGUCAUUGUUUGGCGGUAGUACCGAAAACCAAACAGGAGUUCUUAGAUCCAGACGGCAUCCUUUGGACCCAAGGGCUCAGGAUGUUGAGGCUGCAGCGCCAUCCGUUGAUGUUCUUGCAACACCAUCUGUCCGUCAUUUUGCUCGGCAGGCCGGAGUGGAUCUUACGCUCCUAGCUCCCGGCAGCGGCAAGAACGGAAGAAUAGAAAAAAGAGAUAUAGAAGUGUUCCUGGCUAUGUCUUCGGACACUGCUGCAAAGAGUGAGGUGCCCUCGUCUUCUCAGAGUAAAGACGAUGCAGUCAAUGUCGAAAUUGUGGUGGAACUUGGUCGGACCAGAUAUGGAAUGUGGAAGGCAAUGACGAAGAGUCUUGAGAUUCCCCAGUUUGGAUUUUCCACCACGCUAGAUCUCACGGCCCUGCAUGAGCUCAUGCCGGUCAUCAACGCACAUAUCCCAACUCGUUUCUUAUCAACGACGCCAGCCCCCGUCAACGUUGCUGUCAUCUCCCCGUCCGCAUUCUAUGAGUUACCUGAACCGGCUCCGGUCCCUCCAUUCGCGCGCUUUUCCCGGCUUACGUUCCUCCCAUUCCUCUUGAAGACACUUUCUAGAGCCAUGGCGGAAUGGCCCCUCUUCCGAUCUUCAAUAACAUCCCAGCCAUCGAUGUCUUCCAACGAGAAGCCCGCACUCACAAUCCGCCCGCAUUCUGAUGUCAGCAUUGCGUUGAGUACACCCACUGGUCUUUACACGCCGACAAUAGAGCGUGUCGAUUCUCUUUCCGUAUACAACAUUGCCUCUCAGCUCAAGCACUUGUCGUACUUGGGGCGACAAGUUCCAUGUGGUCUGGGCGUUGCAGAGAUGCCAAAGAAGGGUGGAACGAUCACGGUCUCCAAUAUUGGCGGCGUCGGAGAUGUUGACGUCUCUUCCCCUAUACUCGUUCCAGGUGGUGGAGUUGCGAUUGUAGCAGUGGGUCGUGCAAAGUGGGUAUGGGAUAUGAACAGCGGAGAUGGCACAGGUCAGCGGCGGCUGAAGGCUGGUGUCAGUUGGAGCGCAGAUCAUAGAGUUAUUGAAGGAGCUGAGCUUGUUGCAUUUGUUGAGGUGUGGCGAAAGUGGGUUGAAACUCCACAGAGACUAAUUGCAGAUGCUGUCUAA